AUGCUAGAGAAAGCAGCUUCAGGUGUCAAGGGUGCUAAAUGGUCCGAGAUACCUAUGGAGGAAGUAGUACCAAAACAGACCAGGAAGCCUGGUCGUAUUAGUAUGACUAGCUCGCAACAAAGUGCUUCUCAAAGUGAUUCGCAACAAAGUAGAACAACGGACUCCAAAUAUGAUUCUGACUCUGAGGUUAAUGAGUUGGGAAUCCGUGUUCGCAAGGGGUUCUCUCUAAUUAUUAAAAAAAGGGUUCCGAUUAAGAAUCCAAAGGUGGAGGCUGGUUUGAAGUUGCGUGAGUUAGUUAAUGUUUUUAAGUCGGAUAUACUUUAUAUUACUGAGCCGAAAAUUCCUUAUUCAGAUGGUGUUAUGUUGAGGCUUAAUUUAGCCGGUUUUGUAAAAAAGGCAGUUCAUAAUUCUUCUUCAAGUUCUAUAGGUAAUCUUUGGAUUCUUUGGAGUGAGGAUAUUGAAGAACCAGUGGUGUUAAAUAUGACUAGACAUGCCAUUACGAAGAAAGGGGGUAGAGAAACUCUUACUUCUAGAAUUAAUGAAUUCAGUUAUUGGAUGGAGGAAAAUAGUCUUUUUGAGGCGGAUUCUUUGGGAUCUAAGUUCACUUGGACUAAUGGUCAAUCGGGGGUGCGAAGAAUUAUUAGCAAGUUGGAUCGUGCUAUUAUUAAUGAACCUUGGGAAGUUUCCGAUCAUUCGACCCUUAUUGGUUAUCCUUUUGUUUCUCUUAUACCGAGACGUGCUCCUUUCAGAAUUCAGAAAGUGUGGUUUACACAUCCUGAUUUUUUGAGAAUGGUUGAGGCUUCUUGGAAUGCUCCGGUGUAUGGUAAUCCUGAUUUUAUCUUUCCUUUUAAACUGAAGAAAUUGAAGGUGGCUAUGAAGUUGUGGAAUCAGCAGGUGUUUGGCAAUGUCAAUGCACGACUGAAACAAGCUCAAUUGAAAUUAGAAGUGGCUAGUAGGAAUUCAGAUGAGGAUCCGUUUGAUACUUUUAAGCAGAAUGUGAUGAAAGAUGCGCUGGUGGAUGUCCAUGAGGUGCGUAUGCAACAACAUAUUAUGUUAAAGCAAAAGUCUCGCAACAAAUGGAUUUUGAAGGGUUCUAGUAAUAUUUCUUACUUCCAUAGUACUAUCAAGACCCGCAGAAGUGCCAAUACUAUUUCGGAGUUGGUGACAGAUGAUGAGUCUCUUAUCAAUGAGCCGGACCAAUUAAGAGAUCAUGUUGUUUCUUAUUAUGAGAACAAAUUUAAUGGGGAAGAUUCUCUGAUUGAGGAUCACUUGUUUGAGUAUGAUCAUAAUUCUAUAUCUUUUGAGGAAAGGCAGAUGCUGGAUUCAACUCCUUCAAUGGAGGAAAUUAAGGCGGCGGUUUUUGAUUUAGGUCCGGAUAGUGCUCCAGGUCCGGAUGGAUUAUUGGGGUGUUUUUAUAGACACUGUUGGGAUUUAAUUCAUCAAGAUCUGGCUAAGGCUAUUAUUUUUUGCUGGAAUAACAAAUCUAUUCCUAAUGGGGAUAACUCUAGUCUCAUUCUUUUGAUGGCUAAGGGGAGGAAUAUUCAUGAAAACAUUAGUUUGGCUUCGGAGAUGGUGAAUGAGAUGCACAUUAAAAGGAAGGAUGGUAAUCUGGGUCUCAAACUUGAUAUUUCUCAGGCUUUUGAUAUGGGAAAUAUGAAGAGUCUGACAAACUUGGUGAAGCUUCUUGAGGAUUAUCAACGUGCUUCUGGUCAGCGUGUAUGUAGGGAGAAGAGUAAGAUUUACUUUGGAGGUGGUUCUUUGCAUAGACGGAAAUCAAUUGUGGAUUUCUUAGGCGUGGGAGUUACUUAUUUCCCGGAUCAUUAUUUGGGUGUUAAGUUAAUGCCUGGGGUAGUGAAAUAUACUCAUAUAAGCAAUGUUGUGGACAAACUUAAAGAUCAACUUUCGUUUUUUAAAGGUAAGAUGCUUUCCUUUCAAGAUCGUGUGGUUCUUGUUAAAACUGUCCUUUCUAUCUAUGCGAUUCAUAACAUGGCUGUAUAUAAGUGGCCUUUAAAAUUUGUCAAACAAUGUGAACGUGUGAUUCGUAAUUUCCUUUGGUCGGGAGAUUCGAAUUUGUAUAGAACUUUUUUGGUUGGUUAUGACAAAAUCUGCAAUCCGGUGCGGGAAGGUGGUCUUGGGUUAACUAGCUUAAGAACAAUGAACAAGGCGCUGAUCAUGAAGCUCUGGUGGAGCAUUAAGGCUUCAACGAAGAAAUGGGCUAGGUUCUUAGAUUCAAAGUUCACCUGCAGAGAUGGACGUCUGAAGUUGGCUGGAGUUAAAUCUUCGAUUCUUCCUGGAAUUCGUUGGGUGCAUCAGGAUGUUAUCCGCAAUACUAAAUCUUUGAUUGGAGAUGAGAGGUCGACUUCUCUAUUUUAUGAUGUAUGGUACGGAACUGAAGCCUUGGAAGAUGUUUUGAACCGAUCUGACCUUGAUAGACAUGCAAGGGUUAGUGAUAUUUUUGUGCAGGAUCAUUGGCAGUUGGAGGGGGUGCAUUUGCAAUACCUGACGAAUGCUGGCGUUGUUAUGGAGGAGCUUCCAAGACGUCGUAAUGGCAGUGAUAAGAAGAUUUGGAUGCCCGACUUCAAAGGCUUGUUUUCUGUCAAGUCUGCAAGGGAGCUCGUUAGGAUUAAAUACCCAAUUCUAUAG